AUGCUGAGAAAAAGGGGGUUUAGGCCACGAAGGACAAAGAAGCAGAUCAUACAAGCAGAGAAGAAGAUUGAGCAGACGGGUACUUCUAUUUUGGAUAUAACUGAUUCUGUUCUUAUCGAUAUUUUGUUAAGGUUUCCCAUUAAGUCUAUCAUCAUGUGCAAGUGUGUUUGUAAACCUUGGCACCGUGUCAUUUCAGACCCAAAUUUUGCAAAGAUGCAUUUUGCCAGGGCAGAGCCAUGUCCUUUGAUUAGGACCUUAGGUGGUUCGGGAGUUUCGAGAAUGCUUUACCUGAUUGAGCCAUCUGAAAUCAAUAUAAAUUAUGCUGGCGAAAAGGCAGUUGAUCUGAGGUUAGAUACUAGGUUGAAGAUCCCCCUCCGUAAUAUAGAAAUGCUGCCAGAAAAUGAUGCUGAUGAUUAUAAGUUGUGUUCUCGCGGCAGUAACUGUAACGGAAGUUUUAAAAGGCGGUGUGUAAAAGUGACGGCAAAAGAGCAGAAGUUUCACAUUGUGAAUUCAUGCAAUGGAUUUCUUUGCCUGUCAGAUCCUUUAAAUAACAACCCUCUUGUAGUUUGUAAUCCCGUUACUGGCGAGUAUUUAAAUCUUCCAAAGACAAAUGAGUUCGAUGAGAGCUCCAAAGAUAUGAUGACUUGUGGAUUUGGGAUCAGUAACAAGAGCAACCAGUAUACAGUGCUUAGAAUGUUAACAGGAAAACGGGAACUCUGUUGUUGCCCGAUUACAGGUAAAGAAAUCUUUUCUAGCCAGAUGGCUGAGGUACACGUACUUGGCACAAGUUCAUGGAGAUGCAUUGGUCAUGCUCCAUACUCUGGUAAAAAACUGAAAUUUAUGAUUUAUUUAAGUGGAUCUGUUUACUGGGCUUGCGAUGAAUCAAGGAUGAUAUAUUCAUUUGACUUUGACGAAGCGAAAUUUAGAGCUAUUGAGCCACCUCCAUAUGCUGACAUGUGGCCUGCUGGAUGGUAUAAGGUGGCCUUGGGAAUGCUAGUGGGUAGAUUAAGUUUAUGUCGUACCAGUAUCAGUAGUGAUGAAGUCCGGGUUUGGAUUUUGGAGACAAAUGGUGAACUUACUGCUUGGAAAGAAUUUAAGACCAUUCAUUUGGGUGGUGAUGAUAGCGUCUUCUUUUAUUCCAGGCUCGAAUUUGGAUUGUGCAAGUAUUUCAGAAUUCAACUUGCCAAAGCAAAAUUUGCGGCAGUUACCUACAUUCCUAGUUUUAUCUGCCUCAAGGAUGUUGUCCAGGGAGAUUGGUUUGAGAUAUUAAACGUCAAUUCAGAGUAA